AUGGGUUCUCUAACCACAAGUGUUUUUGUGAUUGCACUCCUCUUCUAUUGCAGAAUUAAUGUUUUCGAAGCCGCUGAAUAUCAAGAUAGCCCUGCUCCUACACCAAGUGGUCAAGAGAGUCCCUCCCAAGGAGGUUCGCCAGACAUCCAUUUCCAUCACCACCGCCGCCACCACCACCGCCGCCAUGGUCACAUCCCACAAAGCCAGUCCAGCUUAAAUGACAUUGAAGCUUCCAAAAUUCAAGAUAGCCCUGCUCCUACACCAAGUGGUCAAGAGAGUCCCUCCCAAGGAGAUUCGCGAGACAUCCAUAUCCAUUUCCAUCACCACCACCACCACGAACACGGCCGCCAUGGUAAGAGCCCACCAAGCCAGUCCAGCUUAAAUGACAUUGAAGCUUCCAAAAUUCAAGAUAGCCCUGCUCCUACACCAAGUGGUCAAGAGAGUCCCUCCCAAGAAGAUUCGCGAGACAUCCAUAUCCAUUUCCAUCACCACCACCACCACGAACACGGCCGCCAUGGUAAGAGCCCACCAAGCCAGUCCAGCUUAAAUGACAUUGAAGCUUCCAAAAUUCAAGAUAGCCCUGCUCCUACACCAAGUGGCCAAGAGAGUCCCUCCCAAGGAGACAGUCCAACUUCAAUGUCAUAGUCAUCGAACAUAGUCAUAGUCCUGCUCAUGUACCAACUCACCACAACUGCCAUCACCAAGUACCUACCAUCACUAUCAAUUGCGAUGACCUCAGUUUUUCUUUUAAAAUAAAAUUGUUAGUACAUGUAUGUCAUGACAUGUUUAAGAAAUAA